AUGUACUCCAGACCAUCAUCAAGUUCAAGUUCAAGUUCAUCUUCUUCAAAUACUGAAGAAUAUGAUCAACUCGUUGAUGAUCUCUUCACAUACCAACCCCCAACUUUCCUCAUGCCCCAAACACAAUCCCAACCCACUACAAAAACACCUAGAGGGGGUACGGAUAGAAGAGAUAGGGAAAUGGGACAUGCCUGGCUGUUUAAUGAUUAUUUUUCCGAUAAUCCUGUGUACAACACCACCCAAUUUAGAAGAAGAUUUCGUAUGCAACGACCUUUGUUUUUACGUAUAAUGAACAAGGCCGUUGAAGGUGAUGUUUACUUCCAACAGCGUAGGGAUGCAGCUGGAAGGUUAGGCUUGUCCCCUUUGCAAAAAUGUACAGCCGCGAUAAGAAAGUUAGCCUACGGCAUGGCUGCAGAUGCCGUGGAUGAAUACGUUCGAAUCAGCAUGAUAGGCAGCAUUGAUUGCAUGCAUUGGGAAUGGAAGAACUGUCCAACGGCUUGGAAAGCGCAGUACGCCGGUAGGAAUAAGAAAGCAACGCUAAUACUAAAAGCCGUUGCGGAUCAGGAUUUAUGGAAUUCCUUCUUUGGUAUUCCCGGAUCUUGUAAUGAUCUUAAUGUGUUGUACCGUUCACUAGUGUUCGAUGAGGUUCUGCAUGGUCGAGCUCCUCCGGUAAAUUUUACAGUUAACGGCCAUGAAUACAACAUGGCUUAUUACAUAGCCGACAGUUUUUGUCCGAAGUUGGAAACUUUUAUUCAGGGUAUCAUAUACCCUCAACUUCAGAAGGAUAAAAUGUUCACUGACCACCAGGCUGCUGCUCGAAAGGACGUUGAAAGAGCUUUCGGUGUUUUGCAAGCUCAAUUUGCAAUAAUACGAAAACCGUCACUGGCGUACGAUGAGGACAUACUGCGGGACAUAAUGAAAGCAUGUAUCAUUAUGCACAACAUGAUUGUUGAAGAUGAGCGCCACAACUACACUCGAGCCGAAGCUCUAAGAAGCUUCUACGAAGAAGAUCAACAAGAAUUAACAGCAGCAUCAACGUCUACAACGCCACCGUUUGAAUUCAACAUAGGCCGACCUACCAACUUUGACUUUAACUCAUUUCUACAAAGAAAAGCUUCUCUCCGUGAUAGAGAAAUUCAUCUAUCUCUGAAACGUGAUUUAGUUGAACAUAUUUGGUUACAAUACGGGCCAAGUAAUUAG